CUUAGAACUGAGCCACUGUAGGAGUUAACUGUUUUUUUCGCGCGUUAUUUGUGUUUGCUAUUUGUAUUUUACCUUUAUCCCAUUGGCUUCACAAUAGCUUUACUAAAACACAUUGACCCAGAGACAAGACGUCGUUACUUCACAAACAGUAGCUCGUCAGUUUACUGGCUAAGCUAACCAUAGCAAACGCAGGUGACGUUAGCAAGCUAGGCUAACGUAACGUUAGCUUAAUUUGUUAUAUUUGUGGUGUCGGAGGGUUAAAGUUAUUAAUCGUAAUGUCUCUGAGCGCCGUUCACGGAACACUGACAAGCCUGAAGUCAUGUCAGGUAGACAUCGGGACAGGAAUGGACAUAGUGACAGAUGUGGCGAUGGACCUGGCGGAAGCUCAGGAUGAAGAGGUGAACCCUGGCGUCAAAGAGAUGGAGACCAUGAUUCUGGAGUGUGCCAGACUGGACAGGGAGAUUAACUACUUUGUUGAUGUUGUGCAACAAGUCACAGCUGAGGUCACCACACAGCAGCCAGAGGCCAUGUUCAGCCUGUCUGCCAAAGUGAAGGAGCAGUUCACAGAGAGAACAGCCAGACUCUCUGAUGCUGAUCUGCACCGUCACCAGAAAGUAGUGGCCUUCAAGGACAGCAUCAAGAACUCUUUAAACCAAGUCAGCCAAGAGUCAGCAGAGAACCUGGAGGAGCUUGAUGAGGACAUUGCUGUUACACUGAGCCAAGUCAACUUCACCUGCCCACUGACACAGGUGGAAAUGGUGAACCCGGUUAAGAAUAAGAAGUGUAACCACCACUAUGAUGAAGGAGCCAUACUGGGCCUGAUCAAAACAAGACAAAGCCAGAAAAAGAAAUGCCGCUGUCCUGUGGUGGGCUGUGGGAACGCAGAUGUGAGAGAGUCAGACCUCAUUCCUGACCAGAUGCUGAGGAGAAAGAUCCAGAGCCAAAAGAGAAACAACAACCGGACGUAGUGCUCUACACAAGGAUCAUUUAUCAUAAAAAAACAAUGUCUUGGUAAUUUUUUGUAUAUUAAGAAAAGAGUAUUGUUGGUCGUAUUUUGAGACAGUUGUUUUUAUCACUACUCAAGGUUUUAACCCAUGUUGCCUGGUGUUUGUGAAGAAUUUACAAUUUUUUUUUUAACGAUUUGUACCUCAGGAAAAAUCCAGUAAAAUGUUAAUUUGUGAGGGGAUGAUUUUUGUGUUUUAACUGGAGCUUUUUAUACUUCAGUCUCGUUGAAUGAAAAUAAAUGUUUCAAACUUUGCUUAUACUAAUA